AUGGAUAAUAACAAUAAUAAUAAUAAUGAUAAUGAUGAAUGGGUAGUAUUACCUUCAAAAGAUCAAUCAAAUAAUAACAAUAAUAGUAAUCAAUCAAAUCAAAAGAAUAAGAAUAAUAAUAAUAGAAAUCAACGUCAACAACAAAUAAGACCAAAAUAUAAAGGUAAAUCAACAAGAACAACAAAAGAUUGA